GCAGCGCGUGACGGCGCGCGGGUUGGGCCGCUCGCUCGGUUGGUGGGUGGCUGGCUGGCGGAAGUGUCUGUCUGUGCUGGACCUGCGGCGCGAGCGGAGCUUCUCGUCCGGGAUCGAGUUCGUGGCAGCGCGUGAUGGCUUAUCAGUACCGUCCGCCGCACCAGAACAACGGCGUCUGCGACCAGGGCUUCCUUUGGAACAUCUUCCAGCGAGUUGAUAGGGACCGAAGUGGGGUAAUAUCUGAAAGUGAGCUCCAGCAAGCUUUAUCCAAUGGGACGUGGACACCUUUCAAUCCGAAGACUAUUCGAUCCAUCAUUGGAAUGUUUGACCGGAAUAAUAGAGGAGGAGUGGAUUUCAAUGAAUUUGUGGGUCUUUGGAAGUAUAUAAAUGACUGGCAGAACAUUUUCCGAACUUACGACAGAGAUAAUUCCAAUUUCAUUGACAAGAAUGAAUUGAAACAGGCUUUAUCAAGUUUUGGGUACCGCCUGUCAGAUCAAUUCUACAAUGUUCUUCUUAGCAAAUUUGACCGGCAAGGAAGAGGGCAGGUAGCCUUUGAUGAUUUUAUUCAGUGCUGCAUUGUCCUUCAGAGGCUGACUGAUGUAUUCAGACGAUUUGAUACUGACCAGGAUGGCUGGAUACAGGUUUCAUAUGAGCAGUACCUCACAAUGAUCUUAAGUGUAGUGUAAUUUUUGCUACUUUAUAAUCCUUUCCCUUUGUAAUGCUCAGUCAGUCAAGGGCCCUUUGACUGAAUUAUCAAGACAAUUUAAAAGUAGCUUAGAACAGAAAUGCUUGUGUAAAAUUUGAAGCAAAUGCUUAUCUUUAAGACAAAUUGCACUUACUUUGUAAAAUAGACUACUGUACACAAUCUUAAUGUUAUUAGCAUGCAACUGUGCCAUAUUGUCUUCUAUUGCAACAGAGCAAUCAGUUUUGAUAACAAGAUAUGCAGCUGAGGCUACCUAUGGCAAAGAAUAGCUUUAUAAAUCAUGCAUGGUGCCUUAUUUGUCAGAUACAUGACAGCAAUCUAUCAUUUGUUAUUCAGAGUAAUUAACGUGAGACAGACUAACUUUGGCAAGUUUGUCUUCAUAAAUUUCAUGCUAAAUGCUUAAUAUGCAUUAACUUUUUAUUGUUUCUAGAACUUGUUGCAUAGUUUAAUAUUAAUGAGAAUAAAUACAAUCUUACAAAGAUGCAGGCCAAUAAACUAUUUUAAUGGGAUUUUCUCAUGUGCUAUGUAUAAACUAGUAUGUGCCAGACAUUCAUUUACUGUAACAAUGUAAACAUAUGGUAA